AUGUCACCGUCAGAGGAGCUUCGGACUGGCGAACUACAGCAGGACGCCGAGAAAGGCCGCGACUCCUGUCGGAAAAACUCCACACUGGUGCUGUCGGAGGAACAGGCCAUCACUACGGCACGGGGCAACCCCGGCGAUGCGCUACCCAUCCUUAUCACAUAUGCCUCUGAUGACCGGGACAACCCCCGCAACUGGCCGAAAUGGAGGAAGUGGUAUAUAACAUGCAUCGUCAGCAUGCUUAAUGUUUUCACGACCUGGUGCGCAGGAGGUAUAUCCUCUGGUGCGAUGGGGAUACAGCAGGAGUUCGGGGUCUCUUCGGAGGUCACGACGUUAUGCCUGUCUCUGUACGUGCUGGGCUAUGCGAUUGGCCCCGUACUCCUCGCUCCGCUCUCGGAGUAUUUUGGGCGCCAACCGGUCUACGUCGUGUCAUGGUUCUGCCUGUUCAUCUUUCAGCUUCCAAUCGCUUUGGCUCCUAACAUCGGCACCAUUCUCGUGUGUCGGUUCAUCGCCGGCUGUGCGGGGGGCGCACCUCUGACCAAUACCGGUGGAAGUAUCAGCGACUUGUGGGAGAGAAAUGAGAGUGGUGGGCCCAUGGCCGUGUAUGGGCUGAGUUCCACGUUUGGUCCACCGAUGGCCCUCGUGGUAACUGGCUACAUUGGGCUCAAUGCUGGCUGGCGAAUGAUCUUUUGGGUUCUCAUGGCAAUGACGGGAGGCAUUUGGAUCUUGCUGGUCCUCACUGUGCCAGAGACGCGACACUCGAUCAUUCUACAGAAGAAGGCCCGACGUGCACGCAAGCAAAUGCAAAAGGAAAAUUUGCGAUCCGCUGAAUCAACUACGGAUAUGCAUGCUAGCAAAAAUAAGGGCUUGCACCAGCUAUUUGCCAUCACUCUCACGCGACCAUUCCGCUUCCUUUUCUCGGAACCCAUCACAACCUUCUCGGCCAUAUACAACGGUUUCCUCUAUGGCCUCGUGUAUCUCUUCAACGAGGCCAUCCCUCUGGUUUUUGGGCCUCCCAAGGGGCACUCAUUCAACACAGGUCAGCAGGGUCUCGUUUUUCUGGGCAUGGCCAUUGGCCCUUUGAUCGCCUUCUGCCUCUACCCGCUUCAGGAGAGAUAUUAUCUUCGUCGCGUCAGCGAAAACGAGGGAAAAGGUGUCCCCGAAGCUCGAAUGUGGAUGGCCCGUGGAGGCGCUAUCCUCAUUCCAAUCAGUCUUUUCUGGUUUGGUUGGACUAGCUAUCGCUCCGUUCACUGGAUUGUGCCUAUUAUUGCGUCGUCACUAUUUGGUGCCGGGAUCUAUAUUGUUAUUCUGAGUAUUCUCAACUAUGUUGUUGACAGCUACCAGACCUACUCCGCUUCCGCGCUGGCUGGUGUGAUCCUAGUUCGCAAUAUUGUCGGCGCCGGCUUUCCCUUGUUUGCUGCGCAGAUGUACGAGAAGCUGGAUUACGAGUGGGCAUCUAGUCUGCUCGGAUUUAUUUCCAUUCUGUUGGUGCCCAUUCCAUUCAUCUUCUUCUAUAAGGGCAAGGCUAUUCGACUGCGAAGUCCGUGGGCGCGCGAGCAUUUUGACCAGAGUGAAGACAAUCCGCAUUAA